CCUCACUCACUCGACAAAAAACCCUCUGCCUCAAUUCUCACUCACUCGGCAACAUUGCCGUUUCCCUCAACCCUCCACCGGCGGCGAUACCGUUUCCCUCAACCCACCACCGGCGGCGAUACCGUUUCCCUCAACCCUCCACCGGCGGCGAUACCGUUUCCCUCCACCGGCGGCGAUAAUGGUGAUGACCAAACCAAAAUCAAAAGUCUGCAAUCCACAGUCCAACCAGUAACAAUGGUGCUCUCCAAGAUCUCCUCCCAAUCCGAUGUCUCCGUCCACUCCACAUUCGCCUCCCGCUACGUCCGCGAGUCCCUCCCGCGCCCACCUCUUCAACGCCCCAUCUCGGCAACUUUCUUCCCCCAACAGAGCGCGGCGGCGGCGCCGAAUCCGAACGUGUUCUCGAUUUCGCUCGCGGGUCCGCAGGGGCAGAUCGUCGGCGGCAUUGUGGCUGGGGGUUUGGUGGCUGCUGGGACGUUGUUCAUCAUCCGAAGGGAGGAGCUCCGGAUCCGGCGGCGGAAUAGGUGGGGGUGGAGAAGCAGGGGGCUUCGCCUGCGAUUUCUGGCGCCGGCGGAGGAGAUUCGGCUGGGGAUGGCGGGUUGCAGCAGCUGGCGUACAGCGAGUUGCUACGAGAUUUUGGAGACCGGUGCAGCACUUGGGGUCGAUUGUGGGCUUGUCGCCUUCGGCGUAUGGAAGGCAUGGCAUCGCAUUAAGUUCGACAGUGCUGCAAGUGAUUGAUGCGGGGCUUCUACUGUCUGCG